UGGAACCCGCCCAGAACCGCUGUGUCGGAGGGAGCAGAAAUACUUUAGCUGCUCCGGAGAGCUGCGUGACGUAGAAGAGCCAGAACUUGCGGAAAAUUGCGAGAAAGGAAAAAAGAGAGAAGCCAGGCUGCAGUCGUCCGGAAUGCGCUCUCUCUUCAGACGGCUGUGGAAAUGCGAGGACCCCGUUUAAGUGUUCGCUCACUGUCCAAGGGAGCGAUUUUUACCAUCUGUGCGGCGCUGCUUAUGAACAGCUACGGCCAUGCUGUUACAGAAUAUGAAGUUUUGGACAGAAGUCGUCUUGCCGAGCUGCACAAUAAAGGUGUUUUCCGUCUUGAGAGUGUAUCCCAGCAGAGUUGUCUCCAUGCUGACUCCUCUGGUCUCUCUCUGACCAGCUGUGAACGUCCCACUGCUGCCCUGCUUUGGAAGUGGGUUUCCCGCCAUCGGCUCUACAACCUGGGCACCAGCCAGUGCCUGGGCGUCAAUGCUACCACCCGGCAUCUGCCUGAAGUGGGCAUUUUUGAAUGUGACAUUCCGGUCCACACCAUGUGGUGGCGCUGUCGAGGCAACAUACUGUACGGAGCCACCCACAACAAGCUCUCAGUAAAGGACUCUAAAGUUGUGGUUAAUAAAGGCAUCCUGCAUGAGUGGAGGAUCUAUGGGGCGGCUGGAGAGGCACCCUGUGCUUACCCUUAUGAAGACAUCCACACUCUGCUGGGGAAUGCCCACGGUAUGCCUUGUGCCCUGCCCUUCCAGUACAACAGCAAGUGGUACUGGGACUGCACCUCAGAGGGCCGAGAGGACCUGCAUCUGUGGUGUGCUACCACCAGUCGCUAUGAUCAGGACGAGAAGUGGGGCUUUUGCCCAACUGCAGUGUCUGGUUGUGGUCAACUGUGGGAGAGCAGUGGUGACCUGAAGGCCUGUUACCAGUUUAACCUAUACUCUCUCCUCACCUGGAGCCAAGCGCUGACCUCCUGCCAGUCACAGGGAGGCAGCCUGCUCUCCAUCACACACACUGCAGAGCACAGCUACAUCAGAGAAAGACUUGCAGACAUGGGCGUGAUCGUCUGGACUGGACUGAACCACCUGGCUGAUACAGGGGGGUGGCAGUGGUCAGAUGGGUAUCCCCUGGCUCUGCUGCAGUACAUGCCAGACAUACCGUCGACGGCGGUGCAGCAGGGUCAGCUGUGUGGCGUGUUCAACUCUGCUCUGGGGCGUGGGCACUGGCAGAGUCUGUCUUGUGAGUCUGCUCUGCCUUACAUCUGUAAGAAGACCCCCAACAUCAGCAGGAGAGCUGAACCUCUUGAUAACUGGCAGUUCAAGCAGACUGUGUGUCCAGAUGGUUGGUUUGACCAUAAUGGCUUCUGUUACCAGUAUGUGUCUGAGAGGAGUAGCUGGGAUAAUGCCUCCAAUACCUGCAGUGCUCUCGGAGCACAACUAACCUCCAUCCAUUCCCUCUCUGAGCUGGAGCUGCUGCUGGCGCUCAUUGUUAACGCUUCUGACCCAAAGGUAUGGAUUGGCUUGUUCAUUGAGGCUGAUUCUCCAGCAGUCGAAUGGUCAGAUCGCUCACCGGUCACUUUUACAUCUUGGCACUGGCAAGAGCCAUCUCUUCACAAUGAAGAGAGGCGCCUGUGUGUCACUGCCAACAGGAAGGGUGGUAACUGGCAGCUUGAGGACUGUGACAAGAAGCAUCCAGCCUUAUGUCGGACGUCAGGUCUUGUACCCUUUCACGCAACAGGAGAAUGGGACGAAGGUUGCCCAGAGGGGUGGAAGAGGAAAGGGCAUUUCUGCUAUAAGAUUGCUGACCAAGAGCAGACCUUCAAAGAUGCAUCAAGGGGCUAUUACUGUAAGGGACCUCUGGCUACCAUUGGAGACAGGUUUGAACAGGCUUUUCUGAACAGCCUGAUCAAUGCACAGAACAGGUCAGCUUCACAGUUUUACUGGACUGCUCUGCAGGACCAGAACAAAAGUGGAGAGUACCGCUGGCUGACUCAGAAUGGCUCUACAAUACCACUCACCUACACCAACUGGAACCAGCACCAGCCCGCGAGCAGAGGAGGCUGUGUGGUGAUGUCCGGUAGUCAGUCUCUGGGCCAUUGGGAAGUGAAGAACUGUGAUUCCCAGAAGGCUUUGGCAGUGUGCAAGCAGAGCGUAAGCAGUUACCAUGACUCUCUCAUGCCCGUGUCCCAUGUAGAUGUAUUCGCGCCCUGUAAGGAAGGGUGGGAGAGUCACCACAGUCUGCUUCACUGCUACAAGGUGUUUCACGAUGGGAAGAUCCUGAUGGGUCGCUCGUGGUCAGAGGCAGAGUUUUUCUGUCGAGCUCUUGGCGCUGACCUGGCCAGCUUCCAUCACUACGAGGACCAGGCGUUCGUCAAACAGCUCCUCUCUAAGAUGUUCGACAGUACAGAGGUCCAUUGGUUUUGGGUUGGAUUUACCAAGAGAGACCCACAGUCCGCUGGAGCCUGGGAGUGGUCAGAUGGCACACCGGUGGUGGCAUCGUUCAUAGAGGAUAAGAAUGAGGAAGCGAGUGGUCAUGAAUGUGCAGCGUACAGUGAUCUGAUCAACACACUCACACCUCGACCCUGCAGUGCCAAAUACGAGUGGAUCUGCAAAGUGCCCCGAGGUGUGGAAUUAACAAAACCUUAUUGGUACAACGAUCAGAACGAGCCGUGGGUGUUCUAUCAGGGAGCAGAGUACUUUUUCGCCAGCCAGCCGUUCCCCUGGGACUCUGUGUCAUUGGCGUGUAAGAUGAUGGGAGCAGACCUUCUAUCCUUACAUUCCAAAAAAGAGCUGGACUUUGUCAUAGAACGCAUGGCAAAAUCUCCUCAUAGCUCUGCGGAGUGGUGGAUUGGUCUCUCAGCUGUCAGUGGACAUGAAGGCUUCAGUUGGACUGAUGGAACUGCUCUAGACUAUGAGAACUGGAAAAAUAGAAGACCCAUCAAAGGAACCGGAAAAAAGUGCAUCUCUAUGUCCUCUCUGACAGGGGAGUGGUCAACAGGCUUCUGUACGGAUCUUCACGGGUAUGUGUGUAAACGCAGAACUAUUUCGGUGAUGGAGAUUCCACGGGAGCCUUAUUUUAUCGGUGCUUGCCCAGAAAACUGGUUCUACUUCGGUCACAAGUGUCUGUUGCUGCACCUCCCAGCCCGGCCAGAGGAGGGGAAGAGCUGGACGGACGCUCAGUCCAUCUGCUCUAACUUCCAUGGAACACUUGUUGCCAUCGAGAAUGAGAUUGAGCAAGCUUACGUCACCAUGCUGCUCCAUGGCCAGUCUGUGGGAGUUUGGAUUGGCUUGAGGGAUGCAGACACCAUGAAGUGGACGAGCGGCAAACAAGUCACUUACACGAACUGGUCUCCUGUAGAGCCGAAGAGCUCCCUCAGUCAGGAUGAUUGGGUGAACACGGCAAAUGUAGGUGUAGAACCAAUAUGCACUGUUCUAUCCAACAAUCACAACUUUCACUACGGGAAAUGGUACGACGAGAAGUGCACCCAGAGUGGCUACGGCUUCGUCUGUCAAAAAUCACAAGACAUGACCAAACGCCCAUCCAGCCCAUAUCGUGACACUGCUUCUCUAGACAUCUCUCUGUACAGAAACCGGAGCUACCAUGUUGUUCACGGCAACAUAAGCUGGGAUGAAGCCCAAAAUCACUGUCUGGAGAAAAAGGCAGAGCUGGUCAGCAUCACAGAUCCAUUCCAUCAGGCCUACCUCACUGUGCUGGUCAACAGACUGGGAGCCCCUCACUGGAUUGGACUCUACAGCGAUGACGAUGGGACAAAUUACCAGUGGUCUGACGGAAGUGACACUGUAUUCACACACUGGGACUCAGCUGAGGAUGAUGAUGGUGAUAAAGGCUUUGUGUUGGGGAACUGUGUGUAUAUGGACGUCACAGGAGGCUGGAGGAGAGCGGACUGUGACGUGCCUCGGCCAGGAGCACUGUGCUACAUACCUCCGCUUAAAAGCAAUGCCUUCGUCUACGAUGUGUUGUGCCCAAAAACAUGGGUGAAGUUUCGUGGGAGCUGCUACAAUUUUGACUCUGUUCUCCUGACAAUGCCACUAGAGGACGCCAGAGAACACUGCAGGAAAAAAGAGAAUUCAUCUGAUGUUUUGACAAUCCGGGACGAGGAGGAGAACCACUUCUUCUUGGAGCAGAUGAAGAACUAUUACAAUGUCUUUCAGACUGUCUGGUUGGGCAUUUACUACAACACAGACAAUGAUGCAUUAUCCUGGGUGGAUGGCUCUGCACUAAGCUAUACAAACUGGCGUUUUAAGGCACCGGACAGGAAUAUACUGAGGUCGGACACGUGUGUGUCGAUGCGGGUAUCAGACGCUGAGUGGCUCCUGGCCAACUGCGGAGACAGGAUGGGCUUCAUCUGCAAAACCCGCUCAGAGGCCGUCCAAGAGGUGAAGGUAGAGCCAGUAAAUGUUUUGCACCACGGAAUUGUCCCGGCAGCGGUCUUGGUGGCCAUAUUGUUCUUCGCAGUGCUGGCUGGUGGUCUCUGGAUCAUGUAUAAAAGAAACACUUUGCGCUUCCAUAGACUUCCGUCGCUCGGCAGCGCAUACUACAGACAGAGCAGUUCUCAGGCCACAGACUCUGAUGGAAAUGUUCUUCUCACAGACCUGGAGACACAAACAGGGGACUACUGAGAGUAUGUGUGCAUGUGUGUGCAAGUUUAGUUGGGGAUAUUGCAGAAAGGCCCAACUUGAUGAAUCUUAUAUCUAAAUGGAAUCUGUGUGGUCCUCUUUUCUGUGCUCAAUCUGGGAUUAUGCACAUAUAGGUGUUAUGAAGUAUCAUAAAUAAGAAAGUAAGAAAGGGAUGUCCUAAAUAACAGUAAUUAUUUUCUUGUUUUUACAAUAUCAGGGACAUUUUUGUAGACACAUCUAUCAGACUGAUAAGACAGGGAACAUUGUAUGUUGAUGAAAUUAGCAAAGGAUUUUUAUGCAUCUUUGAAGUCCUUUGUUCAUCUGUAGAUCAGUCACACAAUGCCUUGUGGCCUUCAGAAGGCCUUUUCCUCACAAGGCUUGUCUGGCAGGAAGUUUCUCUAGCUGGGGUUAGAACAAUAAACAACGAAUCCUUCAGGAAAACAUGGCCUAUCAUAGCUUUAAACUUUGGACAGACAACACAGCCUUGCUUGUCAGUAUUUGUACACUCUUUCAGUGAGCCUCCUUUUUCUUCUUCAACUCUGAAUCCUGGUUUAUUGGAAAUAAUAUUGUGGAAUUGCAUGUUUGUUCUUUGACAAGCACUUUAUCUCCCUUCACCCCCCUGCACCCUGUUUUAGCAUAAGUGGAAUAAAGGCCAUGGAUGCUGUCCAAAUCCAACUUUAGCCCUCAUGCCCUACACUCCAAUGAGUUCCAAAUUACAAAACGCUGCUGCACAAAACAGCGCUGUUUACAUUAAGCAGUAGUGCAGAUAUUGAGGGGUAUAACUAUUAUUACCUGUGGUUAUAUUAUGUUCAUUGAUCUGUUUGGCUCUGGGUGGGGUGCACCGGAAUCAUUGGGUUUGUAAUUGAGAAUGUGUAUAUAACCACUGAGGCCUUAUAGAAAUACAUUUAAUCUGUGAAGGAAAGAGUAAUAGAUCAGCUGUGCUGAGAUUAACUUUCUGAAGUUAAUUUGUAUAGGCAGAAAAGAUAGAAUGAUGUGUUUUGUUCACAUGCUCAAUUUCAGUUUCGCCUUGAGUGAUGUCUCUGUGCCAAGACACGCAGGGGAAACCACAUUGUGUCUUUUCCGCAAUCUUGUGUUGGCCUACAACACACAACAGUCAUAAUUCUCAUUUCAUACAGUACAUGCACUGCCUAUAUUGAAAGUGUUAACAGACUCAAGCCUCAACAUUUUUCUGCUUGGAUGUUCUUUUGUAUUAAGAGAGUGACUUAUUUUUGCCUGCCAUUUGGUAUGAAAUAUCUGUACAGUAUUGUAAGUCACAGUUUACAAUGUACAGUUGGGUCCAAAAGUCUGAGCCUACUAGUGAAAAUGCUUCUACUUUGCAUUCUUUUCUAAUUUAACACAACAUUUUGCCUCACAUGAUAUUAGCAGCAUAAGGUGUUUUGAGAUAAAAGUAGCAUCUUUGAAUCAGUUUUGGAAUUUUUUACCGCCUAUUUCAGUGCCAGUUUUUACAUGCCCUCGUUCACUUGGUGUGGACACUUUCCCUUCAGGUGAAUCCCCAGCACCAUUUUAAGGUCUAUUGCCAUUACUUUAUUAGCUCAAGUGAAAGAUGCUGAAGGGAUUGCUUUCUAAAACAUUUAAAACUGUAACAUCUGCUUUAUUAGACAUUAGGUUGUAAACUAAAUAACUUAUACAUGACUGCUUAUAUAACUUCAACAGUUUCCCCUGCUAGCAGGCUAGUUAGCAUGCUAAAAGGCUACACAGCUAAAAACAACAAAGUAAGGCUCUACAUCACAACUCUACACCAAGUUCAUAGCCUGGCAAAGGACGUAUUCACAAAAGCUUUGUAUUAUAUAGCUAUACGUAUGGCUAGCUGAUUAGCUCAUUGAAGCUAACCUAGCCAAGCGUAAAAGAGCACACCCUUUAUUCCUUUAGCUUUAAUGUCAGUGUGCACUCCACUCAAAUUUGUGGAAAAAGCCUCUGUGAGUAGAAUGUAGCCAAACUUGUCACCUUUUGGACCCCACUGUAAGCCUUUUGCCAUUUCCAUUUAUAAAGAGGUGACAGGUUCUGAACACCAAUAUGAUGAUAUCUUGAAUGGGAAACAUUCACAUUUGUUAUUCAUGUAUUUUUACACCAUGUGCAAGUAUGUGCAGGGGACUCAUUUGUAUUAAACAGGUAGUUUGUGCAUCAUUUUUUUAUAUUUGAUCAAGCACUUUUGUGAUCAAUGUCUUAUUCUCUGUCUGUUGAAAUAAAGGAAAUGUGCGUCAUU